AUGCGCCACAUCGAGCAGGUGAGGUUGGCCCGUGAGCGCGAGGAGGCCCACCCGCCACCAGCCCGCCCGCGCAGCGUCAACUCGCCGCUCUUUGAGCUGGCGGAUCGCAGCUCUCCGCCCGGCACCCGCUCGACGACAACGCCAACCGGCGGUGUUGCUGCGUCCGGCGUCGCGGGCCCGAGCGGAAGCCGCGGAAGCAUAGCCGGGGCCAAGGCUGCCGAGCGGAGGCGGCGGCGGUCGCGCAGCUCGGCUCGGCGCGACUCGGCGCAGUCGGCGCGGUCGGCGCGGUCGGCGCGGUCGACACGGUCGUCGCUCCCGUCGACCGUCAUCGAGCUCGACGAGGUGUCUGCCAGUUUUGGCGACGGAUCGAGUUCCGAGGCUAGUGCUCAAGGCGAGUCGACCAGCUUGGCGCAGAGCGGCAAGCCGCGGUCGAUCGCCUCUCUCCGCGCCCGGGAGGACUCGGCAGUUCUGGACGACUCGUGGUACGAUCCACCGACGGUCAAUCGGAGGCUUAUGAGUCUCAAGCUGAGCCAAGAGCCGCGGCGCGACUCGAUGUUUCUCGGCUCGACCGAGUUUGCGACGACGUCGUCGCCCGAUGUUCGCUCCUCCAACGCAGACCUCAACAUUCAUCCACCGCGGCGGUACGCGUCGACGCUCUCAAUUGGAGGGCACGGAUUUGCGGCGACGGUCGCGCCCUCGGGCUCGCACAUGUCGAAGAGCGGGUCGAGCUCGGAGCUCGGCUCGCUGCCGUUUGCGUCGGUUCCAGUCAACUCGGUGGUGUCGGGCGAGGACCAGUCACUUGUCGACCCAUCGGGCCAUCCAGUGGUGCUCAAGUCCGCGCUGCGGGCACGGGUCGACGGCGCGCUGGACUCCGUUGCCUACCUGGUAGUGGUCUCCAUCGUCACACUCUAUGUGCUCUACAUCGACGACGCAAUUGUGGUUGCUGGCCGAGAGCACACCGACGACACCAAGCGGAUCAUCUUUGCCUUUCUUGUCCUCAAAUUCAUCGUCUUCAACUGGGCACGCCGCGAGACGUACCCGUUCUCGUUCUUCUUUUGGCUCGACAUACUUGCGCUUGUCUCGUUUGUGCCGGACUUGCUCGAGCUCUUUGCUGGCAUCACCUCGCUCGGCCUUGCCGGCUCGCUGGCAGUCUCGCGAGCCGGGCGGGCGGCGCAGGCGUCGUCGCGGGCGGUCCGCGCGUCGAAGCUCGCCAAAGCGCCUCUGGGCACGCUCAUCCAGGUGACAACUAACAAGGUUACCGUCCUCGUCCUCCUUGUCUACUUUGCCUCUCUUCUCCUCCAGGUUGAGGCGCCACUCGAGGACCACGUCAAGGCCAACAUCGAGGCGGUGGAGGCGACGAUGCUCGCAGGCAGCAGCGGUGCUGCGCUCGUGGAGUCGACCCUCAUUCCCGCGCUCAGCGCAGGCUACGGUUCGACAAAUGUGGAGCUGCUGCACAUGUGGUCGCUUGGUACACGGCUGGCCGGCUCGCAAGCUGCGGUCGACAUGCUCAACCCGGUGUACGUGGUCAAGGUUGUGUCGUCGUCGAGGAACUCGGGCGCCGAGUACUCGGUCCGGCACACUGUCCGCCUCAACGCCGGCCUCAACAUUGUGCUCAUCACGAUCCUGCUUGCUGCGCUCAUUCUCGGCUCGUACCUCAUAUCCAAGGAUGCGGACCGAUUGAUCAAGGUUGCCAUUCACAAGAUUACCCGCGCGCUCAUGGCUGUCUUUGACAACAUCUCGCGCAAGGCUGUCGAGCCGGUUCCCACCGUGUCGGGCGAAAAGGCUUCCGGUAGCGGCGAGAACUCUGAAGCCACUGUCCUGCUCAACAUGCUCAACACCAUUGGUGAGCGGGCCGGCUCAGACGCGGCGCUCGUCCGCAGGCUUCGGCAGCAGCGCGAAGAGUACCUGGUAGCUGCCAAGCGGAUGGAGAUGGAGCUCCGGCAGUGGCGGCGGACCAAGCCGACCGCUCACAUCGGGCGAGUCCCUCUGUUCUCGCGCGAGACCGAAGGCUCGGACCCGCUCUCCAGCGAGUGGAUUGUCUUUGCCGACGAGUCGACCGAGCUGUCGGGCGCAGCUAUCAACGCGGCGCUCGACGCUGUUGUUUCUGCGCUCGGCGAAGUCCCGCAGAGCGAGGCGCUGGCCAAGGUCGUGCUCUCGGGCUCGGUGCCGGGCCUUGUCGGCUGGCUCGUCUCGGACCUCCAGCCGCUACCGUUUGUUCCCCCAGGCGAGGUCCUCGACUACACAUACGUACUCAUGGUCAACUACCGGUCGUUCAUGGACCCGGCAGCGCUGCUGGAAGACCUCAUCAUGGCAUACUGCCGCGCACCACCCAAGGUCACCGCAUCGCAGCACAGGCUGAUCGAAGAAGGCAUCACGCCCGAGGAGAUGCGGCUGGUCCGCGAAAUGUUUGCAAGGUUUGAUGCCGACGGCAACGGCACGCUCUCGCGCGACGAGAUGGCCAUGGUUCUCUCCGAGCUCGAUCGUGGGUGCACGCCCGAGGAUGUCGAGACGCUGAUGACCGAGCUCGACGAGGACCAGUCGGGCGAAAUCGACUUUGACGAGUUUUUCAAUGGCCUCACCAGCCUCAUCUCCAGCCGCGAGGCGGCGCUCGAGGCGUGGAAGACUGACGUGCUGGAGCCACUCCGCCGCAGGGUUGCCCUCGUCCUCGAGUACUGGAUCACCCAGUUUACCUCGGACUUUGUCACCUCGCCCGACUUGCUCGCGCUGGCCGAGACCUUCCUCGGCCUGUUCAUGCCCGAGACCGGCAUGGAGGCCGAGGGCGACGCGCUGCUGAACCUGCUUGAUUCGGUGCUGUCGCGGGCGGCGAGCGCAAACGCAGCGCACGUCGGUGUCCGCCUCGACACCGGCCUUCCGCCCCUGCCGCGGAUGUCAGGCGGCGCGGCCGACGCACUGUUGGCGGCCGACCCGGUGGAGAUUGCGCGCCAGCUGACGCUGGUCGACGCCCGGCUGUACGGGGCCAUCCAGCGGACCGAGCUCGUCGACGGCGCGCACAUGUCCGAGAACAAGAACGUGCGCGCACCCAACGUGUCGGCGCUUGUCGCUCAGCACAAUGCAGUCUCGCGGUGGGUCGAGGCAUCGAUCCUUGCACCAACCAAGAUCAAGGAGCGGGUGGCGGUCAUCAAGCUCUUUGUCCACACCAUGGUCGCUUGCUCGCAGCUCUCCAACUUUAAUGGCGUCAUGGCCAUCUACGCCGCGCUCCAGGGCACCGCCAUCGAUCGGCUGCGCAAAACAUGGGCCAAGGUUCCCAAGGACGUCAUGUCCGAGCUCGAGGCCGUCGGCGCCCUCAUGAGCUACGAGAAGAACUUCAAGGCGUACCGCAGCCAUGUUGCGGAGCUCACCGGGCCCUCAGUCCCAUACCUCGGCAUUUACUUCAAGGACCUCAUCGGAGUCGACGAGGGCAACGAGAAGCGGACCGCGAACGGGUUCAUCAACAUGGAAAAGUGCUACCUCACCGCCUUUACCAUCUCGGAGCUCCUUCGCUGGCAGCCCGAGACCUCAGCGUAUACCUUUGUCGGCAUCGAUGAGGUCCAGGCGCUCUGGCGCGAGUUCUUUGAGCCCGCCGACCUCCGCCUCCCGCUCGGCUUUGAUGUCGAGCCCGGAUGGGUGCCGUCGCCGCCGACUGAAGAUGAUCUAUUCAAGCUCUCGCUCGAGCGCGAGCCGCGGGUUAAGCGGUGAUGCGCAUGUUGCAAGAACGGCGACACAGCUGGCUUUACUGCGGCGGCAAAAGUAACUACUCCAUCAUCUCAAUCUGCAUCGGCUCCUCUUCGUCCUUGCCCUUGCCACCGUCAGUCGGCUCGGGCUUGGGAAUGACGAGCUUGAUCGAGUUGUCGGGCGCACGAGUGGCGGUCACCGUCUCGGGGUUGACUCCGGUCGGAAGAGGGAACGAGCGCGAGAACGACGAGAACGAUGACUGCGAGCAGGUGAAGCCGUCGACCUCCUUGGUCGACGAGUGUUCGUCCGAGCCCGAAAUCGUCACGUUGCCGUCCUUGAUCGAGAGCUUGACCUUGUCACGCGGAACAGGCAGAUGCGCCACAACCUCGUAUGCUGUAUCCUUCUCGCUUACAUUAAACGAGAGCCGCGAGUGCGGCGUCG